AAGGUCUAAAAUGAAAGAAGACGAAUCCCCCCCACAUCCCCAUCGCUCGAUUCCUUUCCAUCCCUCGCCUCCGCGCGACGGCAGCGACAGCGGCGGCAGCGUUGCCGCUGUCCCCCCAUCCCCUCGGGCGGCGGCGGCGGCGGCGGCGCGACCACCGAUUCGGUUGGUGCGUGUUGCAGUACAAUCGUGAAAGAAAAGGGAAAUUGUAGGAUUUCGCUUCGAUAAGUUGACCGUAUUGUGGAUGUGAUAUGCACACAUGCCCGUGUUAUGUUAGGUAAUAUGUGUGUUAGGUAAUGACGAGCUUGCCUGGUAGGGGUGUAUCGCCGUCUUCGUCUGAUCCGUUGUGCGAGGGUAACGCUGCACCUUCUUCUUCUUCUAGCUCGGGGCAGGACCUGAAACAAUUGAAGAACUCGAUCCUGUCCUGCGUUUUCAGCUCCCCUUUCAGUAUAUUUGAGGCGCACCAGGAUUCGUCGGCGAACAGGUCGCUGAAACCGCACUCUGGAUCCUAUGCUUGGUCGAGGUUUUUGAGGAGGAUCGCGUGUACCGGCUCGAUGUGGCGUUUCCUGGGCGCCUCCAAGGCUCUCACUUCAAGUGAUGUGUGGUUCCUUGGUAAAUGUUACAAGCUGUCGUCCGAGGAGUUAUCUAAUAGCUCGGAUUGCGAAAGUGGGAAUGCCGCAUUUUUAGAGGACUUCUCAUCAAGGAUAUGGAUCACUUACAGGAAAGGCUUUGAUGCCAUCUCUGAUUCCAAAUAUACUAGUGAUGUCAACUGGGGCUGUAUGGUCAGAAGCAGCCAAAUGCUGGUUGCUCAGGCAUUGAUUUUCCACCAUCUUGGAAGGUCUUGGAGAAAGCCCUCACAGAAGCCGUAUAGCCCUGAAUAUAUAGGGAUCUUACACAUGUUUGGUGAUUCUGAAGCUUGUGCUUUCUCGAUUCACAAUUUACUUCAAGCUGGAAAGAGUUACGGUCUGGCUGCUGGAUCAUGGGUAGGUCCAUACGCCAUGUGCCGGGCAUGGCAAACCCUUGUCUGUACCAAUAGGGAGCAUCAUGAAGCUGUAGAUGGGAAUGGGAAUUUUCCUAUGGCUCUUUAUGUGGUAUCUGGUGAUGAAGAUGGUGAAAGAGGGGGAGCUCCAGUUGUUUGUAUUGAUGUUGCUGCUCAGCUUUGCUGUGAUUUCAACAAAAAUCAAUCAACCUGGUCUCCGAUUCUUUUGUUGGUCCCUCUGGUUCUUGGUCUUGACAAACUUAAUCCAAGGUACAUUCCUUUACUAAAGGAGACAUUGACAUUUCCUCAAAGCUUGGGCAUUUUGGGUGGAAAGCCUGGAACAUCAACCUACAUUGCUGGGGUACAGGAUGACAGGGCGCUCUACCUAGACCCCCAUGAAGUUCAGCUGGCAGUUGAUAUUGCAGCUGAUAACUUAGAGGCAGGCACUUCCUCAUAUCACUGCAGCACUGUACGAGAUUUGGCCCUAGACCUGAUAGACCCGUCAUUGGCUAUCGGUUUUUACUGCCGUGACAAAGACGACUUUGAUGAUUUCUGUUCUCGGGCCUCUGAGCUAGUGGACAAAGCCAAUGGAGCACCACUCUUCACCGUUGUGCAGUCGGUUCAACCUUCAAAACAAAUGUAUAAUGAGGAGAGUAGCUCAGGGGAUGGCAUGGACAGCAUCAACGUUGAGGGUCUCGAUGGCUCUGGUGAAACGGGAGAGGAGGAAUGGCAGAUUCUUUAGUGAUGAAGUGGAAAAAAACUGACUUCACGAGGAAACUGAAAAAAAUGUUGCGUCCAACACAUCGGUGGAAUGCCCUUGUUUUAUGUGUGGGUGAAUGAAUAGAAAUGACUCGUUAUUUUAGAGUGUGUAGAGAACAAGCUGGACUGUCUCAAUAGCCCAGGGGAGCUGGGAAAAAUCGGCGUUGGGUACGUGCUACCGAUGUAAAAAUGUGAUCAGUUCAUCGCUCAUUCGUUGGAAAUUUUCUUGUGUCAUACGUGCUCCUGUGGUUGGUUAUGAAAAUGAAUUUAUUACACGAUGUUCUGUUA